AGACUUCAGCCCUUCCACUUUCUCUGUCUCUUUAUUGCAUCCACCCAGGCAGCACAGCAGCAGCGCCUCUAGGAACUGGAGAACGUCUUUCCCCCCUGUCUGUAUUCUAAUGAGAGGGCUGAACAGCAUUAUCUGGGAGGUUUCCCUCUCUGGAAACUCGUCUGGUUUGUGUGUGUGAGUGUCAGACUAUUUGUGUACUAAUUGAGCAAAUGUCCUGCUCCUGCACAGAGCAGUAGUACAUGGAGCGGCUACCCUCUUAGAUAUCUAGUCCCGGGCACUUGGAUUUGUGAGGUGAUUCCCAUGCGAGGAGAGGUAGCCAGGAUGGAGUAAUACCUUACAAGGACUACUACCUUUAAUCCAAGUUACCAAGCUUCCCUUCUGAAACUUCAAAGAAGCCCUCAGAUAGCAAACAACCAGAAGCAAAGUCAAUUACUGAAGACCAAUACAGCUCCCAUAAUGAGUUCUGAGAAUGAAGUAAGCAUAUCAAAUAACGUCGUCAAUGGAGUGACCCCAAGGUGCAACAUGCCAGAAAAAGCAGAUGAUUCUCCCUUAAGUGUACGUUCAGUCUCUGCUGUUAAAAUCAUUCCGGUGAAGACGGUGAAAAGUUUUCCCGAUCUUGUUCCGACUGCAGAUGUGAAUCCUGGUAAGCUUUGUGCAGGGAAAGGAGCAGUCACUCUGCGGACCUCCCCAGUGCAACUGGAAAGUCAGAAAAAUACUACAACACUGGACAUUGAACUCUCUCCAUAUGAUGUCCCAGCUGAAGAUGUGACAGAUGAUGACAGGCCUCCAUCAGUAGCUGAGUCCAACGGAGAUUCCCAGCACUCAUCCUUAGCAGCUAAAGGCUUUCGGAGUGUGCGCCCUAAUCUCACUUUUGACAACAAGUCACAGAAAACUCAUCCGCCCCCAGUCCCACCUCCUCCCAAAGAGGAGAGCUUUGCAUGGCGACCAAAUACUAACACUAAACUCUCUUACUUAAAACCUGUGCCUAUCUUGGACUGUAUUUACCUGAGUUCUCCCAAGCCCUACGUGCCAUAUGCUGCAUCAUGCACAAACGCAGAGCUGUCUCACCCUGCCUGUACUCUAAGUGGAACCCAGGCUAUUCCGGGCGAUCACACUAACACCCCAGCUUCUUCCAUCCCCACUGAAGUGCAGCACACUGCUUUUAGUUCCUUGUUAUCAGACACGUCACCAAAACACUGCCCCAGUGAGGCUGGCAAUGUGGAUAGAAGUGUUGCUGGAAUGAAUUCCAGUCAUGAGACUAAAAAAGAUAAAAAGGUCAGCAGUCUAUAUGUAGCUUGUUUAUCUAACAGCACUGGCUCAGCUGCAUCUGAAAAUCCCACUGGCGUUGCACAUGAUAAAACAGAGAGUGCUGAAUUGGAAGCUGAUGUAACUAAAUCACCAGCCACAAACAUUGUUCCUUCGAUAAUAGACACCGGAAAAUCCCCUCCUCCUGUCCCUCCCAGGCCAUUCUUUGACCCUGUCCCAAGUAAAGAUUCCGUUAGCUAUGGUGACAUAGACACUUUCUGGAGUCCAUGUCCUCUACAUCAAGAUAUGGGACGCACAGAGCUAGAAACACAGCAUCCAGCUGGCCAUGUGAAAAUGACUGCAAAGGAGCCCUACUAUUCAUCAAAGCCACAAUAUCCCUUCCGGCCACAGGGAUACCGCCGCAUGGAUGGCACUUCAGUCACAGCUCAGCCUGAGGUUAUAAUAGUCCCACUCAUCCAGGUUAAAGCUGAAAGAGAGCAAGAAGGCACCUCGAGCACUCCACCGCCACCUCUUGUACCUGCUGGCAAACUUUCAGCCUCCCCAGAGCCUGACACCUCCCAAUUGGCUUUUCCUACACUUGAUGAUUUUAUCCCCCCUCAUCUGCAAAGGGGAUCAAACCAUAACCCGAGCUCUCCCACUAUUUCUAUACAAAACAAUCAGCCACCACUCUCUCCACCACCUUUACUGCAUCCUCCAGUAACGGAGGAUUUGCGCAGAGUCUCGGAACCUGAAAUCAGUGGAGUCAUCUCACCCACAGAACCUGUGACAGAUGAAGCCAUAACCGCAAGCAUAACCAAUGAUAAACUUUCUUCAUUUGCACCUAUUACAAAACCCUCUGUGUAUCCUUCAACAACCAUUGUAAACCCUACCAUUGUACUCCUGCAACAUAACAGAGAACAGCAAAAACGGCUUAGUAAUGCACCAGACCCUGUGGUAACUAGAUCUGCUGAUGAGAAGCUGGAGUCAUUAACUGCACAAAACAAGCAAUGUCAGGAUAAUACUCAGAGACUGAAGCCAGCCAUGGAUUACACGAGAAGAGAUGCCCGAAGCCCUCAGUUUCCAGAAGACUCAGUAGAUGAAGUAGGCAUACCCCUGCGGAACACAGAAAGGUCAAAGGAUUGGUACAAGACAAUGUUCAAACAGAUUCACCGGCUAAAUAAAGAUGAUGAGUCAGACUCCUACCCAUCCUAUGGGCGCCAUUCAUAUUUGGAGGAUGCCAAACCACAAGCUGGGGUGCCUCGUUCCAAGAGCGAGAUGGAUAAUAUUGAUAUUGAUCAGAACAUGCGGAGAUCGGUCACUCUGCCUUUGCCAGCACGCUCCUCUUCCUUGAAACCAAGCCAUGAAAGGAAUGACUGGGAUCCCCCAGACAAAAAGGUCGACACCAGAAAAUACCGAGCCGAGCCAAGAAGCAUUCAUGAGUAUCAGCCUGGGAAAUCCUCAGCCCUUGCCAAUGAGAAGAUGACUCGGGAUAAAAGUCCUGAAGAGAUAGAUUUAAAGAAUGAACCUUGGUAUAAAUUCUUUUCGGAGUUGGAGUUUGGGAAACCGCCUCCCAAAAAGAUAUGGGAUUAUACACCGGGGGAUUGCUCAAUCCUUAAAAUAGAGGAUAGGAAGACUGAGCUAGAGAGAGACCUCUAUCAGUACGAGACUGAGUUAGAUGCAGAUUUAGAGAGAAUGGACAAGUGUUUUAAGGCUCCCGAUAAAAGGAAUGCAACUGUAAGUCGUCCAGAGGAGAUUCCAUCCUACAGGGGGACAGAGGGCGCUCUGGUGGAUCCCACACUCUCUGAAAAUGAAAAGCAAAUCUACAAGAAUGUUUUAGAAGGUGGUGAUAUUCCAUUUCAUGGACUUAGUGGCCUAAACAGACGCCCCUCUAGCUCAGCAUCUAAUAAAGUAGAUUCAGAAUCUCCAAGACACUUUGCCCCUGUUGAAUAUAUGGAUGUACCAGAAGAGCGUCUCCGCAAGAGAUAUGACAGCAAAGAGAAACUUAUAGAGGAUCAGAGAAGACUUAAGCGUGAGCAAGAAGAAGCUGAUAUUGCCGCCAGAAGGCACAGUGGGAUUGUCCCAUCACAUCAUCAGUUUAUUACUAAUGAGCGAUUUGGGGACCUCCUUAAUGUAGGCGAUUCAUCAAAAAGGAGAUCUCGGUCUGAGAUGAAGCAGGCAAGAGCCAAGUAUGAUUUUAAAGCACAGUCUGGAAAGGAGCUACCCCUUCAGAAGGGAGACUUGGUUUUUAUUUAUAGACAAGUAGAUGAGAACUGGUUUGAAGGAGAGCAUCAUGGCAGAGUCGGGAUCUUUCCAAUAUCAUAUAUUGAGGUAAUCCCAGAAACAGAGAAAGCCCAGCCAAGAAAAGCCUCGCCACUACAGGUUCUGGAAUAUGGAGAUGCUGUUGCCAAGUUUAACUUUAAUGGAGAUACUGCUGUGGAGAUGUCAUUUAAAAAGGGUGAGAGAAUUACAUUGAUUCGGAGAGUUGAUGAAAAUUGGUAUGAAGGCAGGGUAUCUGGAACAAGCCGUCAGGGUAUAUUCCCAGUCACAUACGUUGAAGUCAUCAAAAGACCACGACUGAAGAAUUCAGUAGAUUACAUGGACCUUCCAGUUUCUUAUUCACCAAACAGAAGCACGAGUGCUUCCCCACAGUUUUCUGGCUAUACCAGGCCACGUACUACUACUCCACCCACUGCCAUACGUAGAGCCUUCUCACCAGAGGUGCAGGCUAUCACAUCUGAAUGGAUUUCUCUGACAAUGGGCGUAUCCCGCAAUAACACUCCCACUGUCACCCCUCCAGUCCCGCCUUUACCUGAAGCUAUGCUUUGUACCAUAGACUGUAUCACCCCAUCUGCGGCCGCCAGUCCCACAUUAUCAGUUACACCAUCUGUCAGUCUCCAUAAUUGCAAUGUCUCUGAGAAUUCUACCCCAAACUCUGCCAUGUCUCCAUUGCCUACAUAUCCAUCUAGGCCUCAGUCUGCAACGCGAAUAAGUUACGUUAUUUCUCCCGUUAGUGAAGAAAAGUUGGCAGGAUCCAGUUAUGGAGGUUCCCCUGUGCAGUUUUCACAGCAUGAUAGCUUGAUUUCAGAACUGUGCGACGUUUUACGCAACCAAUACAAGUUAAGGGGUGAUGCUGGCCCUGUAGUCAAUGGCGAGCCGAAUGAUCUAAGGAUCCCCAGUUAUACAAUGACAAAGGCCCCCAUCCCACCGAGCAGAACCCAUGGGGUGACCCCAGCAAGUAAAACAACUUCAGAUUCAUAUGAGGAGAACCAGUUGUGUAAGGAGCUACUUAGCAUUGUAAAUAGUGACCAAGAAGAAAUGAAGGGAAAUGAGUGCAGUUCCCCCAAGACUGCCGACACAAUAUCUGUCUAUCCUUAUGUGCUGUCCUCUUGUCCUGUCACAUACCAACCACCUCCCAGACUUAAAGGCAGGGUCAUUUUGCCACAGCCUUGCAGAUCUGAUGGUGAACAGACAGGAAGGGAGUCCAAAAGUCCUGUAAUGAUUACAGGCUCCCCGGUUAAUACCCUCAACUCAGAUUCUGUUGUGCGUCCUCAUCACACACUGAGCACAGGACCAGAGCUCACAGAGUCUGAAAAGAGCUAUGUGCAACCGCAAGCGCAACAGAGAAGGGACAGCCUAGAAAGGAGCCAGACGCCACAGGAUGCAUAUACCUAUCAGGCUUUGUAUAGCUAUGCACCCCAAAAUGAGGAUGAGUUGGAGCUCAGAGAAGGGGACAUUGUUGAUGUUAUGGAAAAAUGUGAUGAUGGCUGGUUUGUAGGUACUUCUAGAAGAACCAAACUCUUUGGUACUUUUCCAGGCAAUUACGUAAAACUAGUAUUUUAUUAAAGAAGAUGGUGUUCAGAAUUGCUGGGUAACAUCCAUCCGGAGGCUUGCUUGUGGGAAUGAUGCUAACCAAAAGCCUUUGCUGAAUGUAUUAGAUAAAGUUAUUUAUAGAGGUAUAUGGUUUACACAUGUCAGUUCUGGGUUUAAGAAGUGGCCCUCUGAUUCCUUUAUAUAUGAUGAAGUUAAGACAUAUUUCUUAAAAUUUAUAUUGAACUUGUUGCCUUGGAAACAUUUUAUUUAAGUUCUAAAUUUAAAUAUCACUUUUAUUUUUAUUUCAAACAUUUUAAUCAAAACGAGGAAAGACAUAUUUUUUUAUAUUCAUUUCAGCUGUUACAUUUGUAUAUUUAACAGCCUAAAUGAGACAGUGAGAGGCAACAGAGAAUAGUUAUUUUUCAGGAAAACAAGAUAAGCCCCCUGAGCUAAAUACAUUGGUUCGUGUAUGCCCUUCUACAGCCCCUCAGCUGUGUUGGGGUAUAACCCUCCCCCCCCCCUUAGAUUGAAGCUGUUUUAUUUCAGUAGUAGCAGAAGAGUGCAGACAUUGGUCAGCCAGCUCUUACCAACUGUUAUAAACUAAUUACUGAGCAAUCAAAAUUGAUGUGAUUUUUUUUUUACAUGGCAGGAAAAAUGAUAUGGUACAAUAUAUGACAUUGUAAUCGUCUAUAGGAAAUUCUGUGUACUAUAGAUAACAUUCAUGCACAAAACCAUGGGGAAAAAACUAUUUUCAGGCAUUGUUCAUAAUGGUGCUCUAAAUGCUCAAAUGCGCCAUCAGUGUUAAUGGGAGUCCGUUGCCUUUAUUGCUAUCUGAACAGUUAUAAGGGUGAAGACACACAGAGCUACUAGAAGCAGCUACUUGUCGAGGUUACUAAAAUAGACAAUGCUGAUCAUGUACUAAUAAUUGUCUCUACGUGUGUUUUAGCAGAGGCAAUUCUCAUUAUUGUCUAUGGCAGGGUAUUUUCUGGCAUUUAGAAGCCAUGACAAGUAGCUGUUACUAAGUAGCUCUUUAUGUCUUCACUCUAAAAUAAAGAUUAUUAUAAGGUGAUUGCUAUAAGAAGUAGUUGCUGUAUUUGCAAAUUAGAGGGGUGGUGGUACCCAUUCUGUUUUGAGACAAAAGGCCAUUGAUUGCAAAUAUCUCCAUAAUAGUGACAAUGCAUAAUUCUGGUUGGCCCCGGACACUCCUUUGCUAGAAGCACUGCUUUUGUGCCUUGAGUGCACGUAGGGGCCCUUAUUCUAUGAUUAUCACUUAGUUGGUGCCUCUCUUAUAAUCUUUGCAUAUCAUCUAAAUUGCCUAAGGGACAGAUACGGUAAUAUAAACUGAAAUAGAAGGUUUUCCCUUUGUUGCUCUUUCCUUUAGCAUGAGAGCUCCUACAGUAAGAGCUUGUUGCUCUUUCCUUUAGCAUGAGAGCUCCUACAGUAAGAGCUUGAACUCUAUGGAUGUAAGUUUGUUAUCAGAACACUUCACCCUCUGGAUGAGGCACAAGCCCAGCAUAUAACCAAUAAGAUCACUAGCUGGGUGUCCAGUCAGAGGAGACCACCUGAAAAAGGCCACCUUAUAAAAUGUAAUAGAUAUAUAUAUGUGUGAUAAACUGAGAAACUCAAGACAUAAUAGAAAAAGGCCGUGUUUCAAAUCAGAAAUGAUUAGAAUGAUCCUGUUAUUGCCAAACUGGGCUCCACUUUUUUACAAAAAAGAUGAUGAUGCAAGAAAGUAUAAUCUUUAUAAUCUGCCUAUCAAAGCAAUCUCCCAAACUGUAAACACCUGUAAAAUAAACACAUUUAUGAAAAAAAAAAAAAAAAGUGAGGGCAACAUUGUAAGUUUAUAGCUUAUGGUCAUAAAAGAAAAAAAAAAAAAAAAGAUUGAGAAUGUUCUUUUGUCAUAACAAGAUAUAUUUAAUAUAAGAUGACUAUUUUUUUGCUAUUGCUUUUAUACAGAUUUAUUAACAAUUGCAGCUGCGUUGGCAUGACUAGCAAUAUGUUUUGAUAUAUUACCCAUGUUACUGGUAUUAAAGUUUUUUUUUUUCUUUUUCCAUGUACACAGUACAUCCACAUUACAAAUGGUUCAUAAGAGACAAACUGUAAAUAUGUAUAUUUGACUUUGUAAAGAACAUGUAUGUUGUAUCUUGUAUAGAAAAAAAGAGUAAUUUAAGUGGACUGAUGGAUAGAGAAAAGCAUAAAAUUCAGGAAAACGAAGUCUUGAAUUUAAUUUAAUGAACGAUUUUGUUAACGACACAAGGAAAAGUUAAGCACAGAAUCAUUGGACACAUGAGGAAAUGACACUGAACACCUUUUAGCAAACAUAUCCAUUGUUUUAUUAAUGUUUUUUUCUUUCAACAGAAUUUUUAGCCACCAUAUUUAGAGUUAUGUUACCAUUUGGCUAAUUCACAAUAAUGCUUUCCUUACCCAACCGUAUAAUCCAAUACACUUUAACAGCAUUGUUCAGUUAUCACCAUACCAGUCACUUUUCAAGUUAUGUUGUGUUGUUUUCAUAUUGCAGUGCAUUAUAUUUUGAAGCCUAAUAAAUUAAAGCAUUGAAUAAUU